AUGCAUAUUCUGAAGUAUGAGGUGAAUCAGUCAGACUUGCAAACACUAAGAAAUGUCACAGAGUCUCUGUUGCAGGCAAAAACUCUCAAUGUGGCUCAGGUUUUCCUGCCUUCAGAUGUCAAAGAAGAAAUUGACAAGUUAAAUGAAGACUUAAAUACUGCAGGCUGCAGCAGGUAUGCUGAGCCAGAAAACAAGUUGAAGUUCUGGAAAAAUACAGAGAGUCUUCAAUGCAAUAUUCGUCGUAGUGGAUGGUUACUUGUGGCAGUAACAUUCAUUCUUUGUGGAGGAUUUGCUAGUACUCAAUGCCAUUUCCAACCUUGUAUGGCUAUGGGAGAGUGGGUAGAUACUUCUCAGGCAGAGACCACUCUUAGCAAUAUCCUUCCAUAUACAAAUCCUUCUCAGGCCAAUAAUCCUAGGUACUACAAUCAAUCUGGGCCAUCGAUGCCCCCUCUGUGUUAUCCAGAUGACAAUCAGCUGCAAGUUCGCCAGUGUACUUCCUUCGAGGUGUCCAUGGCAAAUGCUUCUCUGGUUUGGCAGAAUUUUACUUGCAAAAUGUUAGCAUCUGGGUUAUGCACCAGGGUGGGAAGUGUGACCCCAGAAAUGUAUGGCCAAUUGGUGGCGGCCGUCAAUGUAAGUGUCGCUCUUCAGCUGUAUGCUCCACCAUUACUCAGUCUCCAGGACUGCAAUUUUGUGCGCGACACUCUUCAAAACAUCACUUCGAGUUCGAAUUACUGUCCUCCCCUUGAGCAUGAUCUCCAAACGGUAAAUGCCGCUCUCGCCCUCAUCUCGGUUGGAAUCAUGCUUUGUCUUGCGCUCUGGCGACUGUUGUGGUCACCGCCGGAGUUUGUGACGAUUCGCGUGUGUAUUGGUCAAAUGACGGUGUUUUGGGAGCCAGUGGCAAUCCACUUGUGUAUUGGUCAAAUGACGGUGUUUUAG